AUGGUAGUAGCGACCUCCGUUAGCCGAAACAUCUCCAGCGGCAAUGCUGUUCAAAUCAACGGGCCUGUGGCAGAUAAGGUCUAUAAUCUUAACUUCAAGACUCUAGUUGUGUCUCCAGACUGCAAGUGCGGCUGGGGUACAGAGAUAGUCUCGUCUGGGAACGAAUCAGCACUACCGAGUAGAUGCGCGGCGAAGAUGCCGAACAAGAGCAAAGUACUCAAGACUCCAUCUUCGUCGAAAGUGUCCGGGAAAUUUACUGUACAAUUGCCAGCUGAAGUAUUCGCUGUUCUCGCCGCGAUUCAAGCUACCACUCAACUCGUGGAACAAGCCUUUCGAAUUGUCGAUCGCCUCCGCAAGGCGCAUAGUCGUCAAAAAGCUCUGGCUGAUGUCUUGACCCGACACCGUAGCGAACUCGAAAGCAUCAAAGCGAUCAUCGGUAUUAUAGAUGAUGAGGAAGAUUUGCAAAUCCCUACUGUGGCUACAGAACUAGUCCGACUGCAAGGCGUUCAAGUCAGGCUGGCCGAAUUGCUUGAGAACCUGGAUCCGAAGAUGACAAGUAAGAUGAAUCAGAUUGCACGCCAGCUGACGUCUGGCUCGGCAGACGAGAAGAAACUGGGUGACAUUAUGGAUGAGUUGGUUCAAGUAAAGACGAUGCUUGUGUUGCGGAUCCAAGUCGCCCAUGUCGGAGUGAUACGUACCAUAGGGAAAGAAGCCGUGGUCAAUGCUGAAGCGAUACAGCGAAUCGAUGAGUAUUUAAGGGAGCACGUCCAUAAUUGCGAAGGCCUCAAAAUCGCGAAAUUAUUGAAGGGCCGACGUCCGUCAAAUGAUGGCACUGUGCCAUUAACUCUUGCGGACCUCAAGGCUCUGAACAACGAAGCUAAUGGCGAGGGCGAAGAUAGCGGCGACGAGACGCUUGUUGACGAUUCUGAGACGUCGCCACGAGAUUUGCCGGUCAAGACGGAGCGCAUUAUUACACGCAACAUAGCGCGCAACCAGGCUCUUCAGAUUAAUGCUGCAGUUAUAGAGGACCUUUGGAAAGACGUGAACCAUCUCAAGAUUCAUGACAACGUCGCCGAAGACGAGAGUACGCAGGUCAACUAUGCCAUGAACCGCGAGGUGUUUUCGAUGUUAUUUGAGCAACGGAACAAGGUCGUAGCAGCGCCCCGACAGAGGACGGCAGUGCGCGCCAAGAGAGCGUCUUGA